GUAUAUUGUAUGCUAUGCUCUCUGAUUUAGCAUAUCGAUAUUCCAUUUUGCAAGAAUUUUCUAUCUCCACAAAAAAGAAAGGAAACCCUUUAUAAAGCAUGGAUUUUUCAGGGAGAAUAACGUCACUACCACCUGAUAGCUAUGUGCCCUCCUAAUGGCUUCUACGGAAGGUGCCAUUUGACUUUGAAAUCAAUAAAAGAGGGUCUGUUCAUCAGACCAGGGGUUUUCGGUGGUAGUGGUGGUGAUGAUCAUUGUUUUGAUACUUUCAGAGGAUUUUUUUUGUUGAUGGGCUAUGGUAGGAUUCAUGGGAUUUUGGUUCUAAUGGAAACAAGAUUGGAGUCUGUUAUGGUUUCCUUUCAUUGGGUUUGAAUGAUUUAGUCAUUCUGAUGGACUCAAAGUUCGAAUCUUUGGUGCUAAUUUGUUAAUGCGAUGGGAGAUAUUUACUUCCUUGAGUUUUGGAAGGUCCUUUCUUGAAUUUGAGGCUUCUUCUUCUAUUCAUCUGAGGAGACAAAGGUUGGCUGAGGAGUAUUUUUGCUUAUAGCAAUUUGUUCUAGGGUUUCAUUACUGGGAUAAAGAAGCGACAAGGUGAAAUAAAUGGAAGAAGAAAGUAGUUCCUGGAUAAGGAGGACAAAUUUUUCACAUAGAGUUUGUCUUCGUUUAGAUUCUUCAAGAAGAAUGGCCUCUUUUCCUCUAGCCAUUCAGCCGGAGAGAAAUUCCGGCUUGAAAUCAAGGCCUGGAAUGCCAUCUUCUUAUCAGAAGUCUGUUUCCUUCUCCAAUCAGAAUUCAUCACUUACUAAUAAUUUUCAGAAUCAGAUUGAGAGAAAUCCCCUCACCAACAAGCAGAGGUCUUUAUCUCCUCUCCCUGAAACAGUCCUUUCUGAUACUUUUAAGGAAGCAAGGUCUGAUAGGAAGAGAUUCUCAACUCCACAUCCUCGCUGGAAAGAUCAGGAGAAGAAAAUCAUGGGAAAGUUUCUUCACAAGGAAUUUCCAGAAACCGAGCCAUCCAGUCCUAGAUCAAAUACAGGCCCACUCCAGCACUUGGCUUCAAUGGAGGGCCAUGAAAAAUCAAAGGUCAAGAAGGACUCUGGUUGGACAAAGUAUUUUGACCAUGGUGGAGGAAGGGUUAAUGCUGUGGAACCUGCUGAUGAAUUUAGUGUGGAUAUGUCUAAACUUUUUCUCGGGCUUAGAUUUGCUCAUGGGGCACAUAGCAAGCUUUACCAUGGUGUAUACAAAGAUGAGCCUGUUGCAGUUAAAAUUAUCAGGGCACCAGAUGAUGACGAAAAUGGGACCUUAGCUGCUAGAUUGAAGAAUCAAUAUAGCAGAGAAGUCACCCUUUUAUCUCGGCUUCACCAUCGGAAUGUUAUAAAGUUUGUAGCAGCAUGCAAAAAGCCACCAGUUUAUUGUGUUAUAACAGAAUAUUUAUCUGAAGGUUCCUUGAGGGCAUACCUGCACAAGCUUGAGCAUAAGUCUCUCACCUUACAGAGGCUAAUUGCAGUUGCUCUGGAUAUUGCUCGUGGAAUGGAAUAUAUCCACUCUCAAGGUGUCAUUCAUCGAGAUCUUAAACCUGAGAAUGUUCUUAUUGAUCAAGAGUUUCAUCUAAAGAUAGCCGAUUUUGGCAUAGCUUGUGAGGAAGCAUAUUGUGAUUCAUUGGCUGACGACCCAGGAACUUACAGAUGGAUGGCACCUGAGAUGAUAAAAAAGAAAUCCUAUGGCAGAAGGGUUGAUGUGUAUAGUUUUGGGCUCAUUUUAUGGGAAAUGGUGGCUGGAACAAUUCCCUAUGAGGAUAUGAAUCCCAUACAAGCUGCUUUUGCAGUAGUGAAUAAGAAUUUGAGACCUGUUAUUCCUCGGGACUGCCCUCCUGCCAUGCGAGCUUUAAUCGAGCAGUGCUGGUGUUUGCAUCCUGAGAAAAGGCCCGAGUUUUGGCAAAUUGUGAAAGUAUUAGAGCAAUUUGAGUCUUCACUUGCCUGUGAUGGGACCCUGAAUUUGGUACAAAACCCAACUUGUCAAGAUCAUAAGAAAGGUCUUCUUCAUUGGAUUCAAAAGCUUGGUCCCGUUCAUCCUAGUAGUUCCCCCAUACCUAAACCCAAAUUCACAUGAAUCUCUUUUAUGACCCAGCUUUUUAGUGCACUGGGUCACUUGUAAUUAAAAAGGUUUGUUUUCCGAGCCUCUUUAUUUGUACUCCUCUUCCAUGUCACAUUCAUGUGAGAGUGAAUUAAUAGAUUUGUAGGAUCCAGUGCGGUGGAAGUAUCUUUUCUUCGCAAAUAUGCCUACACACAACAUAUUAUCACAUUUUAGGGUGUUUUGAACAUUGUAAGCAUUGGGAGAUGAAAGAUAGUGUGUUUUAAAAGGCUAUGAAGUUGAAGAGCUGUCUCCUUUGGAUGGAUUUUUUUUCCCAAGAUGAACUGUUUUAACUUUGCCCUUUUCCAUUAGUCAAGUUUCUACUAUUUUGGUGUUA